AUGGCUACCUUCUCCGAUCCAUCGACGUACCUGAAUUUUCUCAUCUCUCCGCGAAUCCCUCCAGAGCUGGUCCUUAAGACUAUCCAGCACCUGCCUUUCAACGAUGGCUCGCUCAUUACCACUAUCCGGAGCGCACAUCCUAGACUUCGUGCCAUCUUCAGGAAUUACGAAAGAUCCAUCACUGGCAGCUUCAUGAAGAAAGAGCUCCGGCACGCAGAAACAGACUUCAAGUGUGGAGAUGAUCGGCUCAACGUCGACUGGCUGGCCGAUUGCGUUCACAACUACGAUAUUGUCGAUGACGUUAUGGACGCCCUCUGCUCCGAGCACAAUUUCAACGCAGUCUUACAACACAACGUCCCCCUCGCAAAUGCCGGACUACUGCUAUUAUACCGCCUGACAUCAAUCGAAGACCACGCAGACCGCCUAACCUACAUCAAAUCCCUCCCCCGCGACCCCCUGGUUGCAAUCUACCUCGUCCUCCACCACGCCACCCUCUCCGCCCGCUACCACGGCUCAGGCUGGAUAAAUCAACGCACCUACGGCCGCUUCAUGGACGCAAACCAAGUCGAACUACGCAGCGAACUAGAAUUCUGCUUCGCAGAAGCGGCGCUGUGUCUCGGUCCGGAGUUCAUCUCAGACACACUCCUGCACCACGAUACCUCAGAUGCAGAGACUACGUUACUGAAUUUCUACCAUGAUCAUGGCACGCAUGAUUGGGACUGGCCUUGUUGGGGGACGGCGAAGGGCGAGUUUGAACCGCCCAGGACGCAGGGGCCGCAGAGGGAGGAGGGGAGUGGCAGGAGCUUGUUUACGACGAUGUUGGAGAGGUUAGCGGAGUGCAUGGCGUGUGAGUUGGGGGAUGUUAGGCCGAGGGUUGAGCGGCAGCUUGAGAGUGCGGAGCAUGAGUUGGCGUAUUUGAGUUUAGCGGGGAAGGCAAGGUUACUAGAGGGACGGGAUGUGGAGGACGUCGAUGGUCGGUAG